GGAACCGAGACUCUUGGGAGGGGAGGUCGUGAUUUCAGGCUAUUUUCCCAUGCUGGAGAUCGUCGGUGGCCCGUCCGUGCCGACAACGUGCUCUGGAUCGGCCGUGAACACUCGAGAACACAACAAAGUACAAUGACGACGACGAUCCAAAGAGCGACGAUCAACUGGCGUCAUACGGCAGCUUGUUGCAAGUGUGGCAGGGGAGUUGUCUUGGGAGGACUUGGAGAAGCAAGUGCUCGGAAUGGUGGUUAGCCGUCAUGGGGUUGCAACGGGCUCUGACAGGGGCCCCUCGACCCCUUGGAAACUCAAACAUUGCUGGAAUCGGGCAGCACGGGCAGCCUGCGCUCCCCCUCAGGAGCCAAAGAAAGCCAUGGCACAGGCGCUCCCACCGCCGAUCUUCAGGCAGAUUGUCGCCCCAUUGACCGAUGCGCCCGGUUCGCCCAUACGUUUGUCCCCGGGCGCCCAGAAUAACCACCGACAGCGGCCAGCAGCCAGCCACGCCGCAGGAGCAUCAGCGUCUUACAACCGGUGUCAUUAUUUUGGUCCUGAAACGAGAGCGCACGCUUUGCGCAGCCAGCACAGAAACAGCAACAACGUCUCAGGCGAACCAAUUUCAGCACCUGGCAAUGUGUUCCUGCCAUCCUCCUUUCCUUCUCCUGCACUGAUCAGAAGACAUCAGCUCACACAAGACCACACCCCCAAACUUCGUUCCCUCUCUCACUCUCACACCCCUCGGUUAGAAACUGCAUCGCUGGGUGGUGAGGGGUGCAUGCCGCAUGCAUUUGACCAAAGCGUCAUUGAGCACAAAAACCUAACCAGUGGGUGGGCUGUUUAGCGGGAAAGUCGGCACAGGAGGCAGGAGAUUGGGACAUUGGCCUGGCAUCGGGAUUCUGUCUGGGCGUCUCAAUUCGCCCUGCCGAUCGCCCCACUGCCCACAACAGCCACUAGGGCCGCCCAGUUGCGCCUAAAACUGGCUGCUGAACUCAGAGAACUGGCUGCAACGCAGGCAUCCCGCACUGUCCAGGGCCCCUCAAGCCCGGGCCCAAGCUCCAAGGCAAACCUACGCCUCAUUCCGCCAUCCAUGGCACUAGGGGGCCCCAGUGGCUUGAUCUCAUCCAUUCACAGCCGCCCUGCCAGGUCCGAUUCCUAUCUCGGAAUGCCAUCCCACUGUGUCCGUGCCUUUGUGCUGAGCUGCCU